CUAACAACAUCAAUGAACAACUCAAGUUCCAUUGAUGUGUAACUUCAGCGAGAAUGUCUCAUAUAGGCUCGUCCUCUGCAUCCUCAACACUGUACAUCAACUGAGAGUGCAGAAAUGGACGGUGCACCAGGGAAGCUGCAGUAUUGGAGGCUUUAUCUGCUGUCAGUGGUUUUGGGAAUUGGAGGAUCGUUUCAAUAUGGGAUACAAGUUUCCGUCAUUGCUUCUCCAGCAGUGCAUGUUCAGAGUUUCGUGAACCACACGUGGUUGUCAAGAUACGGCGCUCCUGUGGACGAUUCUACAAACCAGCUCAUGUGGUCCUUCAUCGUGGCUGUGUUGAGUCUUGGAGCAUGGGCUGGAGCUGUUCACAGUGGUAGCCUUCCUGUCACUUAUGGCCGGAAAAAAGCUCUGUUGUUCAACAACAUUGUGGCGAUUGUCGCUGCUCUUCUCAUGCUCUUCAGUCGCAUGGCCAAAUCAUUUGAGAUGAUUUUCUUGGGAAGAUUUCUGUACGGGUAUAAUGUGGGUCUUGGCCUAAGUGUACACCUCAUGUACCUUGGCGAAUGUUCUCCAAAGAAACUCAGAGGUUUCCUGACUCUAACCAGCUCAAUCUUCAUCGGAUUUGGAAAGAUAACGGGUCAAAUAAUUGGCAUCAAGGAGAUGAUGGGUACAGAAGAUAUGUGGCCGUACCUCCUAGCUAUAAGUGGUAUUCCUGCCAUCCUGCAGUUUGUAACCCUGCUUUUCUUCCCUGAAGCCCCUCGCUACCUUUACAUUGACAAAGGAGACACUCAAGGCAGUGAAAAAGCCUUGCAGUGGCUGUGGCAGGAGCACAACUUAAAGCUGGAGUUAGAGGACAUGCAGAAAGAGAGAGAGAGCACACAGGGAGAGAAGAAGAAGACGGUGAAGGACGUUCUCACCUCGCGCUGUGUGAGGUGGCAGCUGCUGACUCUGGCCAUCCCCUGUGCUGGUGUUCAGUUCUGUGGCAUCAACGCUCUGUAUUUCUACGCCUUUGACAUAUUUCGUGAGUCAGGAGUGCCAGAGGACCAAAUGCAUUACUUUGCCAUCGGUAUCGGAGCAACAGAGCUCAUCACUGUCACAUUGUGUUCUUUCCUGAUAGAUCGUGCGGGCAGAAAGAAGCUGAUGGGUUAUGGCUAUCUGCUGAUGGGUGUCACCAUGUCUGUGCUGACCGCCAUGCUGUCCAUAAAGGAUCUGAAUACAUGGAUCCCAUAUGUGAACAUCGCUCUGAUCUUCUGUGUGAUCUGCAUUUAUGGACUUGGACCUUCUGGAGUGUCUAUGGCCCUUCCCGCCGACCUCUUCCUACAAGCCUGGCGUCCUUCUGCGUACGUCAUCAGUGGGACCAUCAACUGGCUGGGCAUGUUCCUUGUGGGGAUGUCAUUUGGCUUCAUUGUGGAAGGACUUGGGCAGUUCUGCUUCCUUAUUUUUGUGGCCUACUCCAUUUUCAGUGCAGCGUUUCUGUUAUAUUUCAUCCCAGAGACCAAAGGAAAGACGAUGGUGGAGAUAAUGGAGGACUUCAAUAAACUGAACUACAAGAACAGGGCUGCUGACACUGAAAAGACAGACAUUACUCUUGCAACUAAACUUUAACUUUUUUCCUUAGAAAAUACUUUACUUCCUCAUUCAGGCAGUCUAAGCUAUGAAAGAGCAUCUCAAGAAGCCUUAUUGUCUUAUUUAAACAUAAAUGUAUUUAUUUCUGUGGCAGUAUAAGCAGCUUACAGAUCUAUAAAAAAAUCCUUAACACAAGAGACCCGGAAAUUUGUAUUUAUAGUAAAUUAUAUAGACAUGAAAAAUCAAAACAUUUAAUUUAACCUCAAUGCCAUUUCCUGUUCUAUAGCUUCCAUGGAGAAUUACACCAUGUACCUGUUCUCUUAUU